AUGCUCUGGGGGGUUGGCUUUGCCUCGUCCAGGCCGUGUGUGGUGGAUCUGAGCUGGAACCAGAGCGUCUCCUUCUUCGGCUGGUGGGCCGGGUCCGAGGAGCACUUCUCCUUUUAUGGGGACAUCAUCGCUUUCCCUUUGCAGGAUUACGGUGGGAUCAUGGCAGGGCUGGGCUCCGAUCCCUGGUGGAAGAAAACCCUUUACUUGACCGGGGGAGCUUUGCUGGCCGCAGCUGCGUAUCUGCUCCACGAACUCCUGGUCAUUAGGAAACAGCAAGAAAUUGACUCCAAAGAUGCUAUUAUUUUGCAUCAGUUUGCAAGACCUAACAAUGGUGUCCCCAGUUUAUCUCCUUUCUGUUUGAAAAUGGAAACUUAUUUAAGGAUGGCUGAUUUACCCUAUCAGAACUAUUUUGGUGGAAAACUUUCUGCUCAAGGGAAAAUGCCUUGGAUUGAGUAUAAUCAUGAAAAAGUUUCUGGGACAGAAUUCAUAAUUGACUUUCUGGAAGAGAAACUUGGAGUGAAUUUAAACAAAAACCUUGGUCCUCAUGAAAGAGCCAUCUCCAGGGCGGUGACCAAGAUGGUGGAAGAGCAUUUCUACUGGACCUUAGCUUAUUGCCAGUGGGUGGACAAUCUCCAUGAGACCCGGAAGAUGCUCUCUCUUAGUGGUGGCGGUCCCUUCAGUAACCUGCUGAGGUGGAUCGUGUGCCACAUAACGAAAGGAAUCGUGAAACGCGAGAUGCAUGGCCACGGCAUUGGCCGCUUCUCAGAGGAAGAGAUUUACAUGCUGAUGGAGAAGGACAUGCGGUCUUUAGCAGGGCUUCUGGGUGAUAAGAAGUACAUCAUGGGACCCAAGCUCUCCACUCUCGACGCCACCGUCUUCGGACACUUGGCGCAGGCAAUGUGGACCUUACCAGGCACGAGACCUGAGCGGCUGAUAAAAGGUGAGCUCAUCAACCUUGCCAUGUACUGUGAGAGGAUACGGAGGAAAUUCUGGCCCGAGUGGCACCACGAUGACGACAACACCGUCUAUGAGUCCGAGGAGAGCAGCGAAGGCAGCAAAACGCACACGCCCCUGCUGGACUUCAGCUUUUACUCAAGGACAGAGACCUUUGAAGAUGAGGGAGCAGACAACAGUUUUUCCAGAACCCCAGACACGGAUUUCACUGGACACUCGCUCUUUGAUUCUGAUGUGGACAUGGAUGACUACACAGACCAUGAACAGUGCAAGUGACGUUCAGCCUCACUGACCCUCCUCUGUUGGAGCUGCCACUCCCUGGGGUCAGUCCCCUUUCCCAGGUAGAAACCCAUCCGAGCUGGGAGGAGACCUUCGUGCUUGGCACAGGUCUCACAAGCUAACUGGACGAGAGCAGCCUUAUUUCUUUUUUGUACAAAGAAGACCCAGAACCAUUCCAAUGGCUCCAUUUAAAACAAACAGGC